GACAAUUUUAAUUUCCAGAAAUUCUAGGGUUUUAAAUUAAAGCUUCGUCAUUUUCGAAGCUUAAAGUUUCUCUCUUUCUCUGUCUCCCACUCUUGUUUUCAAUUUCUGGAUUUUAAAAUAUCCAAUGGUCACAUAGAACAACUUCAAGAUUCCACUUUUACUUUUUAAUCCGCUGUCUUCUAGAAAUCUGAAAUUUUUUCGCUUUUUUGGUACCUUUUAUUUUAAAUUAAAGUGAACAAAUUUGUAAACCAUUUAUAUUCUCAUCAUCAUCUUCAUCAUCAUCAAUCAAAUUGAGUUUUUUUUUCAUUGUCUCUUCUUCAGCUCCAGAUUACAAAAGAAACAGCUCGUUUUUUUACUUUCAAAAAAUGGAAGCUUUGAGGAUUUAUCUAUGGAUUCUCUAUCUGUGUUUGAUUAUCUAUGGAGCAAACUCAGAUCCGUUAGAAGACAAACGCGCAUUGCUUGAGUUUCUUACCAUUAUGCGUCCGACACGUUCACUGAACUGGAACGAGACUUCUCAAGUCUGCAACAUCUGGACCGGAGUUACUUGUAAUCAAGACGGAUCUCGAAUCAUAGCCGUUAGAUUACCAGGGGUUGGACUCAAUGGUCAGAUUCCUCCCAAUACUAUAAGCAGACUCUCUGGUCUCAGAGUUCUUAGUCUCAGAUCCAAUCUAAUCUCCGGUGUGUUUCCAGCGGAUUUUGUUGAGUUGAAAGAUUUGGCCUUUCUUUAUCUUCAGGACAACAGAUUGUCUGGUCCUUUGCCUUUGGAUUUCUCUGUUUGGAAGAAUCUUACUAGUGUUAAUCUUUCGAACAACGGUUUCAACGGGACUAUUCCGGAUUCGUUGUCCCGUCUUAGGCGGCUUCAGUCGUUGAAUCUUGCUAACAAUUCGCUUUCUGGUGAUAUUCCGGAUCUGAGUGUGGUCUCUAGUCUGCAACACAUUGACCUGUCCAACAAUUAUGAUCUCGAUGGACCAAUACCGGAUUGGCUUCGAAGAUUCCCAUUGUCUUCUUAUGCAGGCAUCGAUGUUAUUCCUCCUGGUGGUAACUACUCCCUCGUUGAGCCGCCACCACCUCGCGAGCAGACUCAUCAGAAACCGAAAGCUCGCUUCUUGGGACUAUCCGGGACGGUUUUCUUGUUGAUUGUUAUAGCUGUUUCCAUUGUAGUAGUUGCGGCUUUGGCGUUUUUGUUGACUGUUUGUUACGUAAGAAGGAAUUUAAGACACAAUGAUGGGGUCAUUUCGGAUAAUAAGCUGCAGAAGAAAGGCGGGAUGUCUCCAGAGAAAUUCGUUUCGCGGAUGGAAGAUGUGAACAACCGGUUAUCCUUCUUCGAAGGAUGCAACUACUCGUUUGAUCUUGAGGAUCUAUUGAGAGCUUCUGCUGAGGUUCUUGGUAAGGGCACGUUUGGCACGACGUACAAAGCUGUUCUUGAAGAUGCAACUUCUGUUGCUGUGAAACGGCUUAAGGAUGUUGCGGCUGGGAAACGAGAUUUUGAGCAGCAGAUGGAGAUCAUUGGAGGUAUUAAGCACGAAAACGUUGUAGAGCUUAAGGCAUACUAUUACUCUAAAGACGAGAAGCUAAUGGUUUAUGACUAUUUCAGCCGAGGAAGUGUGGCUACUUUGCUUCAUGGUAACAGAGGAGAAAACCGGAUUCCUUUAGACUGGGAAACCAGAAUGAAAAUCGCGAUUGGAGCAGCUAAAGGGAUUGCUCGUAUCCACAAAGAAAACAAUGGAAAACUCGUCCAUGGAAACAUCAAAUCUUCGAAUAUAUUCUUGAAUUCCGAGAAUAAUGGCUGUGUCUCUGAUCUCGGAUUAACCGCUGUAAUGAGCCCCUUGGCUCCACCGAUCUCGAGGCAAGCUGGUUACCGUGCACCAGAAGUAACCGACACACGGAAGUCUUCUCAAUUGUCGGAUGUUUACAGCUUCGGCGUCGUUCUACUCGAACUGCUCACCGGAAAAUCACCCAUUCACACAACCGCAGGGGACGAGAUCAUUCACUUGGUUCGAUGGGUACAUUCGGUAGUGAGAGAGGAAUGGACCGCAGAAGUAUUCGACAUAGAGCUUCUGAGGUAUACAAACAUAGAGGAAGAGAUGGUUGAGAUGUUGCAGAUUGCAAUGUCAUGUGUUGUGAAAGCAGCAGACCAGAGGCCGAAGAUGUCUGAUUUGGUUAGGCUCAUCGAGAACGUAGGAAACCGACGAACCAGCAUUGAGCCUGAACCUGAACCCGAACUCAAACCCAAAUCUGAAAAUGGAGCCUCAGAGACUUCCACACCGAGUGAAAUUUGAAUCUAUCAAAUUCAAACUGUUGAUUCAUCAUCCCAUAUUUAUAUCUGAAGUUGUAUACUCCUCUGUUUUAUUUCUUCUCUCUGCGGUUUAGAACCGGUUCAUCAAAACACAUUUCUGUUUAGGAAUUCUUGGUUUUCAAAAUUCGGUUUGAAAUAGAUUCAAAUUUUCCAA